CUUGAAGCUGACCCGCGACGGUCAACUUGGAGGUAGAGCCGGCCAGACACCUUUUGUCCGACCUCUUAUGAAUCAUCCCGAGUGGUGAUCCCCGUCUUCCUUUUCGUUAUUUUGAAUAUGAAAUGCCGAACCCCCUGCGCAGGUGGAUACCAGGCUCAAAAUCAAGUCCCAAGAAAGAAGUCCAGCCACCGCCACCCCCAGGAAGCGACGCAGAAUCCCAGCAGGGGCAGAGACGGUCGCAUGGAUCGUCAAGCGACGUAGAGUAUCCAUACGGUCAUCAACUGUCGCCUAAACCAUCCAGCGACGCAAUAGAUCGGUACGGACUGACACUGCUGCGUGGACUGCCGGACGAGGCUGGAUUCUCCAUUGAGCACUACUGAUAUAAACCAGCGGCAUUCUUCAUCUGCUAAUGAGUUGGCGUAGUAUUGUCUUUGUUCACGGUUUGACCGGGUUCCCCUUCAAGA